AUGUCUUCACCAGUGAAGCGAGAGGCAGGAGAUAAUUCUGAACAAUUAAGGAAAAAAUCAAAGUCAAACACACCAUUGAAUGAGUCCGAACCAGCAUUUGACCUGAGUCCUCAGGAUAACGUUAUUAGCGAGAUCAUGCCACGUUCAAACCCAAUGGACUUUUCAUCCGACGUUCCAACACCCUUCGAUGACUUGAUGGGUGAUAACCCCCCAUUACCAAAGACAUCGGCGCCAUCGACUGAUUUGAACAGGAACAAUAGUAACAGUGCUAGUGGAUUGGCACUCCCUAAGCGUGAUGAUAAGAAGAAAGCUAAGAUGCAACAAAAGGAGGCACAAGGCGGCAAAUCUCAAUCGGACCCCAAUAAGAUGCAGGAUGUUUUAUUCUCAGCAGGUGUUGAUAUUAGAGAGGAAGAGGCCUUAUUAAGUUCAUCUGUCAAUGCUUCAAAAUCUCAAAAUCAGGCUCCGAACGCUGAAACUCCAAAUCAUCCGCCAUUUUUACAUCCAGAACAGCUGGGUAUGUUCAUGAGGAAAGCUUGUAAAAUGCAAAGCUUCUCUCAGAAUUUCUCAAAGAACCCAGAGGUUCUGCGAAUGAUGUCAACAGCUUGUGAAAUGUACAUGAAAGAUAUAAUAACAAACUCUUUGGUUAUCUCGCGACAUAGAAGGAAAGCAGUAAGAGUGAACUCUGGUAGAAGGAACGAAGUCGCUACAGCGUUAAGGACAUUAGCUGUGGCUCAGAAGAAGGAGGAAGAAAGGCGUGUAAAGAAAAGAAUUGCUUUGGGACUGGAGAAAGAAGAUUUAGAAAAUAAGAUGGAUUCUGAAGAAACUCUGCAUAGAGCUUCGAACGUUACUGCUGGUUUAAGAGCAGGUAGUAAGAAACAGUAUGGUUGGUUAACGUCAUCCACCAGCAAACCUGCCGUUAUGGGUUCCAAGACGUAUGGUAAAGUGGCUACAGCAGUCGCGGCAAGAGGAGAUAGUGGCCUGCGGUUUAGGGAAGCCAGAGAAGAGCCUGGUAUAGUCAUGAGAGAUUUGUUGUACGCGUUGGAGAAUAGAAGGAACGGCGUACGUAAUGUGAUCUCUAAAGGGUACGCCAGGAUUAGGGACUGA